CUUAAUGUGAUAACCCCCGGGAGACUUUAAGGCUAUCUUCCUAAUUUCAGCUUUGAUCUUUCCAAUUUUCUGAUUUUGUAAUUUGUAGUCGACCAAGUACCGAAACUCAGAAGUUAGAAUUUAAAUUAUUAUUGUCAAAAAUCCAGAAACUCUGAUCAAACCCGUAAGACAAAAUGCACAAAGAUUUAAUAAAAGCCAGCUGGGCCGAUGAAGUGGAAGACCAUCUGGAGAAAACCACAUUACCGCCAUCAAAGACUGAAAACGUCGGCAAAGACACCAAGUUAAUAACUGAAUAUCGUUGGAACAAGGACGACAAAAAAGAAAAAGUAGUACGUACAUACAAAAUCGAAAGACGAGUCGUAUCGAAAACAAUAGCUGAACGAAAAUUAUGGUCUAAAUUCGGCGAUUCUCGUAAUGAUAAGCCCGGUCCAAAUAUCGCCACCACCAUACCUGCAGAAGAAAUACAAAUGCAAUUCUUAACUGGCAAGGACGGUGAUAAGGCUGAUGAAAACCCAUUGGACAAACUGAAGAAUAUGAAUAUGAACAUUAAGUGCCGUACUUGUGGUGGUGAACAUUGGUCCUUCUCGUGUCACCUUAAGGGUACUGGAUUAGUUGUUGAAGAUAAGAAAUUAGUUCAAGAGAAAGUUGCUGAACCUGAGAAAACUACUGGUGGUACUAAUAGGCCUUAUGUUCCUCCAUCGGCAAGAGAAGGUGCUACUAACACAGCUGGAAGGAGAGAUCCGUUUUCGCGAGGUUACGAAGAAGUUCCUGCUAUACGAAUUGAAAACUUAUCUGAAAGUACAUCCGAAGCUGAUUUGAGUGAACUGGUUAACAAAUUCGGACAAGUUGCUAGAAUUUUUUUGGCAUCAAACAAGGUUACUGGCGUUUGCAAAGGUUACGCGUUUGUUAAUUUUAAGUCAAAGAUUGAUGCUGAAAGAGCUAUUAAAGGUUUACACGGCUAUGGCUACGACCAUUUAAUAUUGAAUGUUGGAUGGUCGACGAAUAAUUACAAAAGCAAUUUUUAAUAUUAUUAUUAUAUUACUUUGAUAGAGACAAAAAUAAGUCCCUAUCAUUAAUCAUUAUACAAAAAAUAAAUUAUUUAUUAAUAAGUCUCAAAAA